AGUUCGGAGCUAUUUGAGGUGAGCACUUCGUCCUCUAAUGUAGUCGUUCCUGAGCCAGCGUGUAAUUAUAUUUGGAGUUGUACUUUAUAAUUCCUGACUUUUUCACGUUGAAUCUAUAUCAAACGAACAUGACUGAAAUGAUGGCAAUGGGUUAUGAAGGGUUUUAUGAUAUGCAUUCUAGUCCACUAAAACGUGAAGAAAUUUAUGAUUAUAAGUCACGAGGAACUUACAUGUGCAAUCUCUCAGGUUUAACAUCACCUACAACUUCAGAACAUUGUUCAUCUAUUGGUAGUAGUUUUCGUACAGAACAAUGUAGCAGUAGUACUUCAAGUAAUGAAUAUGAAAGUUUACUCGAUUUAGAUUUUAUCCUUGAGAAUAGCGCUACACAAAAAGCAAAUAAUGUAUCUAAUAAUUUAUAUAAUUGCACUUAUUCUAAUUCUGUUAUGAAUGUUAAUUAUUCUUUCGCUAAAUCGCCAGUAUCUCAACUACGACCUGUUUAUUCAGAUGUGAUCUGUUCACAGAAUUCUAAUUCUUUUAGAAAUUCAAAUACAAAGUAUUAUUAUGACCUUGGUUCAAAUAAUUCACCAAUUGAAAUAAAACAAGAGCCUAUUUUUCCGGAAAAUUCUGAAUAUAAACAUUGUUCAGAAAUCAAUCAAAAUAAUUCAUAUAACUGGACUACAAAUGUACCGAAUAACUGCAACUAUAAUUCAAAUUGUAGUGCAGUACUAGAUACAGGGCAUUAUAUGCAAACUACAAAUGAUUCAAGAACUGGGGAAUUGCAAUCUCAGCAUUCUUCCUCUUCUCUUGCUUAUAUGCCUUCGGUUAUUCCAACAACAGAUAUGCCACCAGUAGAUCCAUACCAAAACUGUCAGUCAAGUUUACAAAAUCAAGAGCAAUCUUCUUUACGGUUUUAUCCCAAUGUUGCAAAUCUUACUAACGCUGUCAAUGGUAAUAUUAUGACUGAAAACAAUAUCGCAACUGUUUAUCUACCGCAAAACAAUCGAGUUGAUCAUUCUCAACUUCAUCCUAUGCCGCCAACUUGUUCCGUUAUAAAUACCAUAAAUGAUAAUAGUACAGUACAUGCUGUCAAUAAUAUGCAAGAUUACCGCAGUGCAACACAAAAUGCAAGUUAUUAUAUGAAUAUGUAUAAAAUUGAUGAUACAAAUCUUCCAGUGAACACAACUUUUCGAGUACUAGCACCAAGAGCUGUAUCACCCACUCAAAAUCUUGGAUUUGGACCACUAAAUACCACAUGUGAUAAUCCUGUUUACCGGAACUCUUCAUUAGUUUCUACCCACAUUAAUAAUAUCGGUAGAAAUAAAAGUUCAGCUAUAGAAUUAGGAAUUGAAUCUCAUCAGGAUAUUCUUGGAUGUAACAUGGGUGGACCUGGGGAAGUUCCGUUAAUACCUAUGCGUCGGACACGUACCAAUAAAACUAAGGGUGAUACUUCAACUAAAGGAAGUGGAAGUAAUUCCACCGGUAGAACUAAAAAGUCAAUAGCUUUAAUUCAUACUUGUCCUUUUAGCACAUGUGCAAAAGCAUAUUCUAAGAGUUCACAUCUAAAAGCUCAUAUGCGUGUACACACUGGAGAAAAACCUUUUCCAUGUGAUUGGCCUGGUUGUGCUUGGAGGUUCGCUCGAUCAGAUGAAUUAACACGUCAUUACAGAAAACAUACUGGUGAUCGACCAUUUCAGUGUAGAACAUGCCAUCGAGCUUUUGCACGCAGUGAUCACCUUACUUUACAUAUGAAGAAACACCAAAGUGGUAACUAACUGUGUACUUAAAUAGUUUGUAUUAUUAGAUGUGAAAUUAUACUGUUUAACAAAACACUGAACAUUAAUUAUACGCUUCCAUUAAUUUAAACCAUGGUAUUAUUAUUGUUAUCGCUACUAUUAAUACUACUAUUAUUAUCAUUAUUAUUAUUACUAUCAUCAUCAUCGUCACCGUCAUCAUCACUAUUCUCUUAUUCAAUUCUCAAGUUUAAUCAACAUUACAUAUGUGAACCAUAACUUCCUGAUUACUAACGAUACGUAUAUACAUGGGCAGCAUUUCCUAGUGCAUUUAGUAGCAAACGAACAAUAAAAAAAACGUUAUUGGGUCAUCUGGCUUUUCGAAUAAUCAGUGUUUUAUUCAGUUUGGUGUUUAUGUGGCUCAACAGAAUUAGCAUGAUACUACUACUACUACUACAACUACUACUAAUAAUAGUGAUGAUAAUAUUAAUAAUAGUCAGUUUAUGUAUGGUGCAGUUUCGUUCUCUUCUAUUAUUUUGAAAUGAUUUAAUCGAAUUUUUGACUGAUGAAAUUAUCUCUUUGUAUGAAAUAUAUACUAAGUUACACUUAUUAAAUGUACUAAUGGACCUACGAGACAAUUUUUUUUUAAUCUUUCCCAUCCCCUUUGUAAUAAUAAUAAUAACAACAACAACAAGACAUAAUUGUAUUUGUGUUUUUGCUAAUAGUAUGACGACCAUUAUUAACCUCUAUGUAUGUUUCUCUUAUACAAUAAAUAACAGUAAUAAUUACAUAUAAUGUAUAUGUCUAUCUGUGCUAGAGAUUAGUUU